AGGUUUGACAAUAAAAAUAUCGAUGGACGGUUCGUCUAUAUAUAUAUAUAUAUAGACCCAACCCAAGCAGUCGUAAUAACAGAACCAAACAUGGAUUUCAAUGAGCUGUUUCUUCUCUUUGCUCUCUCCCUUAUCCCUCUUUGUUUCUUGAUACUUCGUCCAAAGAAGAGUAAAGGUACAGCGCCUAUGGUCCCCGGAGCAUGGCCGGUGGUCGGCCAUUUACCAAUGUAUCGCUCUGUAAAGCCACAAGCACAUGUUGCGUUCGGGGCCAUGGCCGAUGUGUACGGACCCGCGUUCAUGACGAAAAUUGGUUCUCGCAACGCCCUGGUCAUAAGCAGCGAAGAGGUGGCUAGAGAAGUCUACACCGUCCACGACAAGUUCUUACGUCGACAAGACAUGAUUGCAGGUGAAAUUUUAGGAUACGAUGGCUUGCUCCCGUUGGUUAGUCCUCAGGGAGCGUACUGGAGAGAGAUACGGAAGAUAGUGAUAUCACAACUUAUGUCAGCCUCAGUGGUUGAUACGUUAAAGGGUCGUAGAGCCGGAGAGGUUGACGUGGCGUUCAGAGACUUGUACGUGAGGUGGGAGCAGCACAAUGGUCGGCCUCAUCAAAAAGGAGUCUUGGUGGACAUGAAGCCAGAGUUUAUCAAUGUCGCCACAAACAUGACGGUGAUGAUGGUCGCGGGGAAGAGAUAUUACGGGAAUAGUCCCAACUGCGAAGCGGGAGAAGCAAGAAGAAUCGGGAAGUUGAUUCUGGAGGCAGUCCAGAACUUCGGUCGCUACUCUAUAUCUGAUUUUAUACCAUACCUGGGUUGGUUGGAAUGGAAGGAAAAGAAGAUAAUGAAGAGAAUGGCUCAAGAGUUGGACUGUGUUUUUGAAUCUUGGAUUGAAGAGCACAAGAAUAAGAGGGGAGAGAGUGAAAAGGAUUACUUGGACAUGGUCCUUGAGAGCAUUGAACAACACAAGAUUCUAGGCUCGAGUGAUGCUCAUAAAACCGCUAAAGCCGUCUGCCUUAACAUGGCUAUUUCUGGGAGCGAUGCAGUUGUUGCGAUUCUAGUUUGGGCUGUAUCGUUGCUCGUGAACAACCAGCACGUGUUGAGGAAAGCUCAAGAAGAGUUGGACCGCACAAUCGGUAAUCAGAGAGUAGUGGAGGAGUCCGACCUCAAAGACUUGGUUUAUCUCCAAGCCAUUGUCAAGGAAACAUUUCGUUUGUACCCUCCAGCCCCCUUCGUCGCUUAUAGGGAAACGACCGAAGAUUUUGUCAUUGCCAAUGGCAACUUUCAUAUUCCCGCAGGGACACACGUGAUGGUAAAUGAGUGGAAGGUCCAGAGAGAUCCGACUAUUUGGCCAAACCCGGAAGAGUUCGAGCCAGAGAGAUUCUUGACAUCUCACAAAGAAGUGGAUGUUGGUGGGAAGAUGAAUCAUAAGCUCUUUCCAUUUGGGUUAGGACGACGAGCUUGCCCCGCAUCUCUUUUAGGUACGAAGAUGGUUCAGUACAUCCUGGCUAGGUUCUUACACAGCUUUGACGUGGCAAACCCAUCAAACCAAAACGUGGACAUGACGGAGGACAACAACUUGGUCAAUCUCAAAGCCACUCCUCUUGAAGUCUUCAUUACUCCUCGGCUGCAUGAGUCCCUCUACCUUGUUGAUAGCAACAGCGAAAACUUCUCCAACAAGGCUUAAUGAAUAAUAUUACAUCGAUCUUAAUUUGGUCAAGAAUCUGCUAGCAAAUAAAAGAACUUCCGGUCUUUCUUUGCAUCACCUUUUUCCUUCAUGUAUUUUUCGUAUUAUGGUUUCCGAUUGCUCCCGUAAUAAAUAAUGAAAUAUUUUUAUGGGUAAACUGUAAAUAUGACUUGGAAAAAAGAGCUCCGUACUGGUUGAAAUAUAUUCGCAUAAGAGCUUGCGUAAAAAAAAGAGUUUCUCUCUUAUCCCUCCGUUCUCUCUCUGAUAUCUUUCACGGAGGUGGUGAUGAGAGUUCUCAAAACUUUUUGUUUGUCUGAUCAAUAGAUCAGAUGGUUGUCUCUAGGAAGCUGUGGUUCCCAUAAACAAUGUCUUCACCAGCUUUUGAUUCCGGGAAGUGAUAGCUAACUUAGCGUCGACUUCGCCGGCUCUUGCCUCCGAAAAGCGGUGGCUUCCUUAGCACCGUCUUCGUCGGCUUCUGUCUCGUAUCUCACCAUCCUUUGUGGCGGUGUUGUUAGCGGUUUGGAACUGGUUCAUACCGGUUCCUCUGUUUUUUUGGUUCUUCUCUUCGCCUCCGCUUCACUAUGCUCUCCUUCGGUUUCGAUUGUCUCUCCAUCUAAGGAUCUGAUUGUUCUCUCCUUCCCUUUAUUGGGCUCUUUCACCUUCGAGCUACUCUUUAUCUAUAAAGGUGACUGCUUUUAUUUACAGGUGAAUCUGUUCUCUUAGAUCGAUCGCAGCGCUCGAUUCCUCUUUAUCGAAGUGGUGGUUUGUUAACUGAUGUCGGCUUCGAUUCCGUUCUCAACGAGUGCUCUUCAAUGAGCUAUCUCCCUUCGUCGUUGGACGUUUUCGUCUUCCGGUGGUUGGAGUUCCGGGGAAGAAUUGCCGUCGGCGUUGAAGCGGUGGAUUGACUCAAGCGGCACGUGUUCUUUUUUCAUCCAGAGCUUGACGCGUGUUUCAAGCUUUCUCUCGUGUCGUCUUUACCGCAAAGGCAGUUGUUGCCUUGAAAAACUUUGGACCGCUCCUCAUGGGCCUCCUCUUUCUUUUGCGUUUGGGCCAACUGUUUGCAUCGUUGGGUCUUUUUAAUCUAGCCCUUCUCUUGGGCCUUUAUUGUAAAUUAUGAACUUGUUUAAUAAAUUUCAAAGUUGACAAAAAAAAAAAAAAAA